AAGAGGCCAUCUUGGAAAUGGAUUCCAUAUAUCCUCCCAGGUAUCGGUACAGUCCUGAGCGACUGAAGAAAGCUUUGUCCUGUCAGUCUGACGAGUUUCAACCAGACAGUCGCCAGGGACAACGACAGUCCGAGCCAAUCAGAGAAACACUGAAAAACAGCGAAGUCAUCGUCAAGAGGGGGAGGGGCUCUCUCUCGCUGGGCGUGGUUGAGGGCGACCCGAAGGAAGGGAAGGACUACGCAGACGAUGAAGAAGAGGAGGAGGAGACGGCACCCCCCCCCCAGCGGUCUCCUGGGGCAGUGGAGGAGGAGGAGGACAGCAACUUUGUGGACCUCCUGCUGGAGGAUGACUUCACCAGCUCAGUGCUGGCCGCCGUCUCCUGCUGGGCUCUGUUUUGGUCAGGCGUUACCACGGAGGACGGAUGCGGAGUCUCCUUCGACGGCUGUGAGCAGAAAAACGGCCGUUUUCUUGAGGAAGACGAGCCAGGUGGAACCGGGCCAACGGGCGGGCAGCCCCCCUCAGACAAGCUGCCACAAGAGCAGAAGCCAGACUCUGAACCAACAGGACUGCCUGAAUCAGAACCUGAAUGCCGGGUCGCAGCCCCUCCUCAAAGGUCAGAGGAGAAGAAACCAGAAGGACAUCCGCAGGCUACAGAGCAACCGACUUCCGCCACAACCGACUCGGACUCCAAGACCCUGAGCAGCGCUGAGUCCUCCGAGGACGAGGAGGAGGCGAAGGAGGUGCCGGCUAAUGAGGGCGAAGCUGUCAGCAUCCUUCCCUCGUCUGUCCUGGACAAAGCCGGCGCUAUCGCUCAGCACUUCAGCAGCGUGAAGCGAGGCGCCCCGGCCCCGGAUGAGGGCCACUCACUUGGCUGUGGGUCGCCGCGGCUACGGAGCCGAACCGGCAGCCUUAGCGCCGAACCUGCCGUCAGGAUGUCUCUGCUCAACAGCUUCUGCACCGAUCCCUCUGAAGUUUUCAGCACCACGGACCUGACCCUUCUGUCCCCACAGGAAGACGUCCUUUUGGAUGUCGAUGGGGGGAUCCGACGGAGGCGGGACUCCGCCCUGUCCAAGCAAGACCAGCUGCUCAUCGGCAAAAUCAGGAGCUACUAUGAGAACGCAGAGAGCGAGGACGCCGCCUUCGGCCUCCAGCGCAGGGAGAGUCUGACGUACAUCCCCACCGGGCUGGUCCGGAGCUCUGUCAGCCGGCUCAACAGCAUCCCAAAGGACGAGGCGGUUCACACCGAUCCCGCAGCCUCCACCGCUUCCUCGAGCCUGGACUCGGCUCUGCCAGCAGACACCUGGGGUCACAUGGCCUCUACUGAGUCCCUGGACUCUUUCAGGUCCGAUCAGAGAAGCACAGAUCCAGAGGAUCUAGAAGACAUCCGCUGGUCAAGGUCUCACAGCUUGCAGGAGAAUCCUUCUGAUGAUGAAGAAUUCAGACCUUCUUCUGAAAUGAUCAAGGUCUGGCAGACGAUGGAGCGAGAGAUCAGCCAAUCCCAAGGCAACGUUGGGGGUCUUCCACGGUCCAAAGAAGUUCCGAGUGAGACCAAGGUCAUCCCGCCAGACACGGCUGAGACCUCCAGCAGCAGCUGUCACAGAGAGAAAUCCGUGAGUCCUUCACCGCUCCAGCUCAGAUCCUCUACCGUGAGUCGUACAGGAAGUCUGAAGGAGAUGCUGAAGGUGUUUGGGGAAGAGGGCAUUAGCCUCAGGGCUCCGGUUCUUCGGGUUCCCCGGCUGAAGUCCAAGGAGGAAUCGGUCGGCGAGGACUCAGACCGGCUGGAUGACGUUGACGCGAAGAGCAAAGUCCUCAAUCUGGCCCGCCAGUACAGCCAGCGGAUCAAAACCACCAAGCCGAUGGUCCGACAGCGGAUUCCGGGGGUCCUUGUGGGGGGGAGGACUUUAACCUGUGUGGAGGAGGAGAAGCAGGCGGCAGGUAAACCCAACAUUCCUCAUAACCCGACCACCUCUCUACCGCCAAACCCCGUGGACCCAACCCCACCUGCGAAACUGGGUCGAGCCCGCUCCCGCAGUCCUCUGACCCCCCUUGGGGCCCACCCCCCCACCGAGUGCUUCAACUGGCCCGACGUCCGAGAGCUGCGCUCCAGAUACUCGGACCAGGACCGCCCCCAGCAGGGCCCCGUGGGCCCCGUGGGCCGGAGCCUCUCCAUCCCAGAGCAGCUGUGUGACGGAGGUCUGAGGAGGCGCUCCAGCUGCUCCUCGGACCUCCUGCUCGCGAAGGGGGCGUCGCAGGAAAGAGACGAGCGCAGCAGGCGUCUGCAUCGAGCCAGAUCUCUGGACCUGCGGCUGAGCGGAGCACACACUGCGGAGAUGCAGGAGCUGCAGGACCGCGUCGCUAACGGUUACUACGGCGACCACAGCGGUUAUUACGUGGCGGCCGAGGCGGCCCUGCCUGGGGACGAAGAGCACAAGAUUCUGGUGAUGGAGAAGCUUUCGGACUCUCAGUCGCCGGUUGCAGAAGACGACUAUGUCCAGAUCCGCUCCCCCACCAGCAGGGAGAAGAUCUCCAUCAUGGCCGUCAUGGAACGCUGCCGGGUCUACCAGGACUCUGACGAGUACCGGCGGAGGGAGUAUGGGAUGAACACAUCCGAGUCCUCUGGUCGUCAAGACGACGAGCCAAAGGCCGGGGGGUCGAACCCCCGAGCGAAGACGGAGGCCGGUCAGAAGAGCGUUGUGAAGAAUCUGAGGGAGAAGUUCCAGAGCCGGAGCUGAGGACCGCAAGAAGAUUCAAAGAUAUGUCAACAUCAUCGCUUACUAUUGGAAAUAUCAUUGUAAAGUCUAUCAAAUAUUCAUUUUCCACAUCAUUAUCUUUUUAUGUGAACAUCCAAAAUAACACAAGGUCCUCUCUGGUAUUUAAGACAUAAAUAAAUCCAGAAAAAUAUGUGAAUAUCUUUAAUAUUUGAUGAGCAGCGGUCUUCUUUUAACAUGUCACAUGUUAUGUUGUUUCAUAUGAUAUGUUAUUUUAUAUAAAGUUAUAUUAUAAUAUGGUUAAAGCAGAGACCGUCUAAGUCAGAGCUGUGGAUUCCUGCAGUCAGUGAACUAACCACUACACUGUCACUUUGAUUAUUCUCAUUUCACGGAUUCUUUUCUGUAGAUGAAAUUGUAGGAACUCUUUAGAGGAAAUGAGGACUGUAUGAUUUUAGACUUGAUUUUCUUUACCAACAAGUCGCCUCUGAAUGCAAAGAGACUCCAAACCAGGGACAUAAAAAUCAUAUUUAUAACAGCUUCUCUCCUCAAACUUUAACCUGCUGAUGCUAUUUAUUAUUCAUGAGGAGUCAACCGCUAACAUCGGCCUGGAUGUGGAACACGAACAUCUAGAAUGUGUGUUUUAAUAAAUGUUCAUAUGUUGGUAGUGCGUCAGAGGUUAUGACGUAAACAUCCUGUUAUGAGAUAAACCCUGAAGCUGAUAAUCAAUAAAAGAGACAACUAGAAGUAUCAUAGACAAAAUGUUUCAUAUUGGUCCUUCAAUAUCGAAAUAAACAAUCACCUACAGUAAACCAAUGAUAAAUUCAUUUUAUAUUAACAACUUCACUCAUAUUUUGUGCCUUUUUCUAUUGGAUGUAAAUGACUUUUCUUAUGUUGACGUGUACACAUGUUCUCAUAAGUUCUGCUCUUCAUAAACAACAACAUGUA